AAAAAACGAGGAGGAGAUGAGAGACAACGGCCGUCUGUGCGCGCGAUCCUGGCCGACGAUUAUGUAAUGCAAAUGGUGAUGGGACGACUGUUCGUCCGUUCUUGGAAGCGGUACCGGGGGUACGCACGCAAAUCGACUGGAAGCUGGCGUUACGUCGGUUUUAUAAUUCGUACGUUGACGGCCCAUUAACCCACCAUAGAUGUGACAACAAACUCCUGACAUUGACAAGUACCAUCAAUUUACACCUAUCCAACAAAAUCAACAUGAAUCUUCUGGGCAAAAUCUUCAGAAACAAGACCAAAAGGUCCCCCAACCGUACCUCCGAUGCCUUGCAAAAGCUGAGGGAGACCGAAGAGAUUUUGAGCAAAAAGCAGGAGUACCUGGAAAACAAAAUCCUGCAGGAGCUGCAGCUGGCCAAGAAGAACUCGUCCAGCAACAAACGUGCGGCACUCCAGGCCUUAAAAAGGAAGAAACGCUACGAAAAACAGCUGACACAAAUCGACGGUACUCUAACCGCCGUGGAAAUGCAACGAGAACUCCUGGAAGGUGCCAAAACCAACACCACAGUGGUGGAAACCAUGCAGUCAGCUGCUGACGCCCUGAACACAGCCCACAAAACAAUCAACGUGGAAAAAGUGUACGACCUCAUAGACGACCUGGCUGAUCAACAGGAACUGUCCAACGAAGUCAUGGAAGCGUUCUCCAAACCAGUAGGCUUCAGUACCGACUUGGAUGAAAGUGAACUGGAGAAGGAACUGGAGGAGUUGGAGCAACAAGCUUUGGACGAGCACAUUUUGGAGGUGCCCAUUUUGCCCACCACCCCCGUGGUACCACCCGAGGUCGUACCGGAAGCCAAGCCCGCCAAAGAAGCUCACGAAGACGAUUUGAAGGAGCUGGAAGCUUGGGCGUCGUAAACUCUAUAUCUUAAAGUAGCACCGUAACUGAAUAAAUGGCUGAAUUGAAUAAUUUAA